GCGCUGGCCUCGGUGCUGAAACAGAGCUCUCAGAGGAGGGAGGGAGGAGGGGCCGGGCAAAGGGGGCGGAGCUCUCUGGACCUCUGAGCUGGAAAUCAGAGAGGGGCAGGGCGGCGCCCGCCGGCCUGAGACCCUGAAGGACUAGAGAGGAGACAAGAGACCAGAGACAGCCCCGGCUAGGCAGAUGCAUUCACCUGGACAAGCUUUCCCCGAAGAAACCAAAGUCGUCGUCCUUGUCCUGUUAAUUCUCUUUCUUCUUCCUUGGAGAGGCCCUCACCUUGUGACCUGACUGCAGCCUCCUUCCCAAACCAGGCUGGCGAGUGACCUGCUUCUGGGCUUCAAUCCGCACAGACACCAACUUCCAGCCCAUAGGGCCCCGGCCCAGGCCCCUCGCCCUCACUAUGGUGAAGUUGCUCCCUGCCCAGGAAGCAGCCAAGAUCUACCAUACCAACUAUGUGCGGAACUCGCGGGCGGUUGGCGUGAUGUGGGGCACGCUCACCAUCUGCUUCUCGGUGCUGGUCAUGGCCCUUUUCAUCCAGCCAUAUUGGAUCGGUGACAGCGUCAACACACCGCAGGCAGGCUACUUCGGCCUUUUCUCCUACUGUGUGGGUAACGUGCUGUCCUCAGAGCUCAUCUGCAAGGGUGGCCCACUGGACUUCUCCUCCAUACCCUCUAGAGCCUUCAAGACUGCCAUGUUCUUUGUGGCCUUGGCCAUGUUCCUCAUCAUUGGCUCCAUCAUCUGCUUCAGCCUGUUCUUCGUCUGCAACACGGCCACAGUCUACAAGAUCUGCGCAUGGAUGCAGCUGGCUGCGGCUACAGGCCUGAUGAUUGGCUGCCUGGUCUACCCAGACGGUUGGGACUCAAGUGAGGUACGGCGCAUGUGUGGGGAGCAGACGGGCAAGUACACACUGGGCCACUGCACCAUCCGCUGGGCCUUCAUGCUAGCCAUCCUCAGCAUCGGAGAUGCCCUCAUUCUCUCCUUCCUGGCCUUCGUGCUGGGCUACCGGCAGGACAAGCUGCUCCCUGAUGACUAUAAGGCCGAUGGACAAGAUGAAGAAUUUGAAUCCCCGAACGGAGACCAUCUAGAGGUGCACAGAAAAGUGGUAGCAAAGAGGAGCCCAGAUCAAGUCUCUGGCCGAGCCCACCGCCCCCUUCUCCAGAGGGAAGUAAUUGGAAACAGCUCACCCUUGUUUGGAGGUGGAAGAAGAAAAACUCACAAACCUAAGUUAUGUGGUUAA